GUAAUGAGGGAGUAUUUAUUUUCUUAAAGUUUCAACUUCAUCAUUGCUGGAAAACUUUAUCCCAAAAUUUUGCCCAACCAACAUCCUAAAAGACAAAAAUAAAAAUAGCAUGUAACAUAAUUUUCUCUCAAUUUCUCCAAAAUUGGUUAAGUCAUAAAUGUAAAAUGUCUGGUUUGUUUCUUGGAAUUCUAUGUAUUACUAAAAGGGGUUAUCAGUUUAGAUCUUUUGAAUCACUUAGCCCUUCUACUUCUUCCAAGGUAAAGCAAAGAAUUAUAGGAAGUAAUGGAUAUAAUGAUGAGGAUCUAGGUGAAAAAGCUAGAGAAGCCAAACAGAGAUUGGAUCAUAGGCUAAGAAGGACUAAGAGUAAGGAAGAAAGAUGCAAGGAUGUCGAAAACGGGCAAGUAGAAUCAAAUACUUUGCAGAAGAAAGAGAUGAUUGGACUGAAGCAAAAUGGGAUAAAGACGUUUAGCAGGGUGAGAAAGCAAUGGGAGGGUUCAGAAAAUGAUGAAUGCACCAUUUGCUUGGACCAAUUCAAGAUUGGAGAUAACCUAAUCCAUUUGCAAUGUGACCACAAGUUCCAUUCAUGUUGUUUGGUUCCCUGGUUGGAGAAUUAUCCCUAUUGUCCUUGCUGUAGAAUGGAGAUUGUCACUUGAAUAAGUGGAUCGCGACCGCGCGUAUAGUUUGUACAGAUGAUAUGGAAUUAGCUUAAAUGAAGGUGUUGGGAUUCAUGGAGCCGAUCCUAACUUGUUUGGGAGUGAGACGUAGUUGUUACUACUGUUGUUUGUGGAGUUUGUACAUGAGAAGUUUUGAAUAAGAGGAUUGUAUGAUGUAUCACUAGAUCAACUAGUCCACCCUUUUUGUGUUUUAAAUAAGUCAAUGUUUGCUAGAGAAGUGUGACUCUUGAGAUAUUUAGGACUUUCAUUAAACAUGUUUCUACUAUUUAGAAAUUCUGAGCAUUUGAAUUCCUUGUUU